CGUUGCCGAGUCGAUUGGAGUCCGCGGAUCGGACAGGGUGUCAGUCGCGUUCAAACAGCCAAGCACUGCGAAGCCGCGAAGCAAGUCCAAGCAGAGCGAAGCCCAGCGAAGCGAACACCGAGCCCGCCGAGACCGACCGUCGCACAGUCGCCCAGCCAUGCUGCACCUUCGCGUCCUCCUCGCCGCCCUGGCGUGCCUCGCCCUCAUCGCCGCAGUGCGCGGGGACUGCGGAGACUACAAGGAGGGUCAGACUUGGAAGACCGGCCACCCCGACACGUGUGCGCAGUACACUUGCAAGGACGGAGUCGUCAAGGGAAAGACCUGCUCCCCCGUGUACGCGCCCAACCGCAAGUGCAAAGUGAGGCCCGUCUCCCCCGGGGCCACGUUCCCGGACUGCUGCCCGACCAUUGAUUGCCCACCCUAGACUGUCACUCGAAAGCCCCAUUUGUUGGGGGCCGAAAAACGCCUUCAUGUAACAUUCAACUCAUCUGCUAAUUAUUUUCGAAAAUAAAAUCUCUGAAAAACUA